GAGCUGUGGAAGCUGGCCUGGUGGGUCUUACCCCCGGCUGAGUGGGAAUUGGCCAGUACCUGUGAGGUCUUAGCCACUCACUGGACCCAGAGGCAGUUUCUGAAUAACUUCCCUGUAGGGGUGCAACUGUGCAGAGCAUGUGGCUUGUGUAUGGAAAGAUCCUUGGCGUGAUCCCAAACUCAGAAGCCUAGUUUCUACAAGUUCUGUUCUUAGCAUUUAACAUUAAGGUGUAAGAUCCAUUUGGAGUUAUUUUAUGGAGGUUGUGGAAGGCAUCUCAUGUGCUGGGUAGCAAUCCAAUAUCAAGCUGUAAUGAAAGAGUAGAAUUGAUGUUGUAAAGGAUUUGCUAAAGGUUAGGAGAUAGCAAGGCACACCAAGUAGAAUUUAGCUGAGAGAGGACUGCCUGCAAAACACCCCACGUGUAAGUAGUAAGCUAACCAGGCCUGUUAGAGAUUAGGAUGCUAGGAUACACAAGUUUGUUCACCAGGAUUGUCCAGAAAUAUGGCACCAGACCCUGAUUUGCAACCAGCCACUAGGCCCAUCUCCAUAUCAAAGAGCAGGCCUCUAACAAGCUGAUCAAUGGGGCAUUACAGGAUCACAAUCAACAGUAAGGCCUGGUGUGCCAUAAAGGUUUAGUUUUCUUCUUGAGAAAAGUAUAGUUCUGCCACAUGGUCAAGAUGACACCCAGUGACAACCACUAGAAAAGUUAAAACAACAACAAACACUGUUUAUUGAGUGCUGGCCUGAUCAAGGGAUGCUUUCCCUCCUUUUCCUGAGGUCCCCAUGUUUGAGCUCCUUCUGAAACUCAGGGACAUGCUUGGCAGAGCCAGUAACCAUCUAGGGCCUAGUCCUUGGGAGCUUUCCCUGGGGCCCUGGUUAUAGAGAUCCUACAGCUCCCCUAAAACCAGGAAUAUGCUUGGGGCCAGGGCAUUUGGGAGGGGUUGCUUAAGAUUCUGAGGAAACAACUCUUGCCUGUUGUGGUUUGCCCUGAAGUUUUGUGUAUUUUGAUGCUAAUUCCACUGCCCCAAGGACAGCUGCCUAGGCACACACUCAGAACUCAGGUGACUUCACCUGAACCACCUCCCCAUUGAAUCUGUAAAGUACAGGUGAGGGGCAAGUACAGGAUAGAAGGAGGCCUGUCAUUGGAGGAGAAGGAAGGAUGGGCAGGAGAGAAGUUUGAAGGAAGAGGAGGAGACCAGGACAGAAAGGAAGAGAGAGGAGAGAGGAGAGGGGGAGAAGCCAUGGCAGGUGAUGUUAAGAGUCUGCUCUGUGUAUUUACAGGUUGUUAUCAAUGUUCCAAAGGGAUGGAUGGUACCGGGCUGUGUAUGUUUAAGUCGGCAUUUAUAUCUUACCAAUUGGAUCUAAGAUUAUUGUGUUGUGUGUUCUGUAUAUGGGGGUUUGAGUGUAGGAACGUGUGCGGCUGGGAUGUUUCUGCCAAGAUACCUAGCGGGAUAAAAGACCAACAAUACCCUCUUUUAUUUUUACAUUUUUACAACAACACUCCCCACCAUGUGGGGCUAUGGGUGCCAAGGCCACUACAGGCUUGGUAAGGAAUAUUUUUGAAAUACACUGAGUUCCUUGUGCAGCACUGUUUGAUUAGACUUUUCCUGAGUGUGUCCCAUUAUAUGAUGUUUCUGCUAACUUUGUAAUUUAAUCUUUCUGCUGACUUCAUAGAUGUCUCCGGUUUCUUUCCAUUUCCCUCAUGUAAACCAUAUACAAGGUGACAUUCUUCUUAAUGUCUUAGCUUAAAACACCCCCACCCCCACCCCAGCUUUUAUACUUUCUAGCUUCUCCUUUUUCUAUGUUUUUCUUCAUCUGAGACCUUCCACUUAGGACACUGUCACUAACCUACUGUUUUAGGGCACUGGUGUACUUAAGAAACAUCCCGGAAAUGUUUGCUGUGUAAAUGGCCUAUCUAAGUGGCCAGACUUGUAGCCUCCAGUUUAUAUUUAAAUUGUUCAAAACUUAACCUGGAAAAAAAAUGGGCUGGGGAGAUGGCUCAUCAGUUGAGAGCACUGACUGCUCUUCCAGAGAUCCUAUUCUCAGCAACAACAUGGUGGCUCACAACCAUCUGUAAUGGGAUGCUCUCUUCUGAAGUGUCUGAAGGGAACCACGGUGUACUAACAUAUAAAUAAAAUAAAUCUUAAGAAAAAAAAAAACUUGGGGGUUGGGGAUUUAGCUCAGUGGUAGAGCGUUUGCCUAGCAAGCACAAGGCUCUGGGUUCGGUCCCCAGCUCCGAAAGAAAAAAAAAAGAAAAGAAAAAAAAAAAAAACCUGGAACCUGAACAUAAAACAAACUUAAGGGUGACAGCAUACAUGGACUGUAAAAUCUACCUAGGCUAGAUCCUCUUUCAGCAUUUUAGACCCAACUAAGUGGAUCUUUGCUGGUCUUUGCUACUUUGUGGUUUCUUUUUCCCCACUCUUAAUCCCCUCCUCAGCCCCCCUCCCCCCAACCUUGUUUCACCCCCUAACACCAGAUAGGAGAGAAACAAGGAUGGAGGAGAAAAAGAUCCUUGAAUCUAGUUCCUUGUACCCCAGCAGUGUGAGUCGAACAGUCUCUGCUGGGGGUAGUGAAGAUGCAAAGCCAAGAGUUAGAUUUAGGGGGACUGCUGGUUAAUACAGCUGCCUCGAGUUUGUUUUUCAUAAUUUUUAUGCCCCACAGUGCCAUAGAAAGCAAAGCCACAAGUUAACAAACAAUUCUCCAAAAUAUACACAGAAUAUAGGGAUGAGGUUAUGAGAAUCAUCCUUUGGCAAUACUUGGUUAAAAUCCUUUUACCUUUCCACUAUCAGCAGUCACAGUGAAUGGAGUGAUUCAGGGAAAUUCAGUUCCAGAGUCCAAAAGGAGUUUCUGAGAUGCAGAGGUUUCUCAGGUGUGCAGGGUGGGGUGUAGGUGGGCAGGGCAGAUUCUACAUCAUUACUAAAAUCCACAUGGCAUCAUGUGGAAGCAGACAUUAAGUUAUUCUUCAACCUUCGUUUGUGUGUGGGUUGGGGGGGGGGCUGGGUUUGUGUGAGAUCACACGGGGGCAUUGGUAGCUGCAGAGCCAUAACCCUCCUUUCUUACCACCUCCACACAGAGAGCUCUAGAGCGUGGGGCCAGUAGUGGCCGGAGGGUCAGAAAUAUAGCAGUUUAGUGGUCAGUUUGAGUUAUUCUUGUGGGAGUUGGGACGUCUGUGUUUUUUCCAUUUGAAUACACAUGCAAUCAUAGGUAAUAUUGGUCAAGUUCACAUUUUUCCUGACUGAGUUUCCUUAGGUCUUUUGAUUAAAACUUGACUAUAAUUUGGGGCUUAUGUUCUUGCCUUUUUUUUCUCUACAUCUCCUUUUUUCACAAAUGUGCUAAAACUUUUGAUCAUUGUAGCUCUUUGAUAAGUACAGAUGGAAUCUACACUGUGCCAAAAUGUGUACUAUUUCUUCAUAAUCCUGUUGAUGAUUCUGAGGUUUUUUUCACAUGGCAAAUAGCUUUGAAAUCAGCUGUCCUGUUAUAUAUUAUUAGACGUUUUCUUUAAAUUUUGAAUUUUGCUGCAAAUUGAACAUACCCAACAUUCCUUUAUUAACAUCACUAUAAUGGUGUUGUUUACAGUUAUAUAACUUGAUAAAAGAUAUUCUACAUAAUAAUUCAUUUAGCAAGCUAUAUAGUAUGUGUGCGAAACUGAAACUGAUAUGAAAUAAUGUCCAAAGCCAUAGAAAGAGGACUUUAGUGUAGACUUUAGUGACACAGAAUUCAUUCUUAGGGUCACGUAGACAAGGUCUUUAUAAGUAUGACUUAAUUGAGAAAGCAAAAAGAGUGAAAAUAAAGCAUGGUCCAGAAUUGGACAAUAAAUCUGGAUGUGACACAGGAUUGUGUCUUAGCACUAAAGUCUGAUAGCAGUAGGUUGGGAUUUUCCAUAGAUACCUACUAAAACUAGUUAAGACUGUGUUUCUAUAGUUGAUAUAAAAUUGUGCAUGUUUAACAUGUGUAUUCUGAUACAUGUGGACAUAAUACCUACACCCAAGCAAUCCCCAUCCUAUGGAGUGUUGUAUUGGAAUCGAGACUCGUGCCCAGACAGACCACACCUGGCCAGUACGGUUCCACGUGAGAGACUUUCAUUGGUGCUGGGGAUGGGGGAUGCACAAAGGAGGGGAGGAGACAAAGGAGGAAAAGAGAAAGAAGGGGUGAAGGUCAGGAAGGGUUGGCUUUUUAUUUGGGUAGGGACAUAACUUCUUGCAGACAAGAGUGGGAGAUGGACUAGGAGGACACUGGAAAUAUAUGACAACAGAUGCACAGGUCCCUUUUCACCUCUGGGUGAAGUCACUGCUAUCGCUGGGUUUGGAGACAACCUGCAACCAUAAAGCCGGUUCCUCAUACCAACACUUACUUCUCAUGAGAAUGACAGAAUUGCCAUGGAUCCCAGCAGUCUUCUCAGUAUAGUUUCCAUGCACUUGAAAUUAGUUUUAAAAAGUACCAGAAUGCUCAUGUUUCUUGCAGUUGUAUUCAUACUUGCCUAAAUAUGAAAAUAACAUCGGGCUGGAGAGAUGGCUCAGUGGUUAAGAGCACUGACUGCUCUUCCAGAGGACCUGAGUUCAAAUCCCAGCAACCACAUGGUGGCUCACAACCAUCUGAUCCCCUCUUCUGCUGUGUCUGAAGACAGCCACAGUGUACUCAUGUAUAUACAUAAUAAAUAAAUCUUUAAAAAAAAAAGAAAAAAGAAAAUAACAUCAAUGCUCAUUUGUUGAGGACAAGCUAGGUACCUCUAGGCGACCUAGGAUGCCUUGGGUUAAAGGAGUGCAUAAAGGAUUAUGCACUUGUAAAGACUCUCACAGUCAGUGCUUUAUUGGUCAUAAAACAGCAUGUAAUUAUAGCUUAAGCAUUAUCAACCCAUUUCUUUCUCCCAUAUAACUUUAACCUUUAAUGCACUCUUAUUAUCAGAUGGAUAUGGGAGCGUGAACCAUGUUGUCAACAUUGUAGGUAGCACUUGAAAAUGAAGGGUGACCAAGUCAACUCAGUCAGUCAACAGGGUCUCAAGGGAGGGAGUGAGGAUUGAAAGGAAAAAGAAAAUUAGACAAUAUAUAGCAUGAUUCUAGCCAGUGCUGAGGUUGAAGCGGGUUUAUUUUUCCCAGUCUGCUUUUCUACCAUUUUUAGUACAAGCAAAUAAUAAGGUCAAUUCUAGGUCAAGGAACAAACAAGGCACAAAGUCCUGUGAUCAUUGUUUCUAGGGGCUCAUCAGUUUGAUAAGAGAAAAGGAAGGUUACUAGCCCAAAUGAAAAUAUUCUUACCUGAACCUAUUUCCUAAGUACUAGUCCAUGGUCAAAUUCCCGCCAAAUUCGUAUAGAAGGGCAGAAAGCAGAGAAUCCAGCUGAAACAAUCUCCUUCAAAGGUUUUUUUUUUCCUAAUGUUUAUUUAGAACAUUAUGUGGAGAAGAGAAAUGAAAUAUCAAGCUUUCUGUAGCAAGAGUUGUUAUAGAUGAGAAGCAAAUGUGCUAUUGUAGUAUGCUAUAAAAAUGCAGAAAGUGGCUUUAUUUGGAUGGCAUGAGAGCCCUCUGCCAAUGAUUCAUACUGCAUGAAGAAGUAAAAACGAGGUUAAGAAACAGAUUGAAGGUGUUGGAGAUUUAGCUCAGUGGUAGAGUGCUUGCCUAGCAAGCGCAAGGCCCUGGGUUCGGUCCCUAGCUCCGAAAAAAUGAAAAGAAAAAAAGAACCACACUGACUGUUUUGUUUGAGUUUAAAUACUAACGAUAAAUUAGAGUUGAAGGGGCUGGGGAUUUAGCUCAGUGGUAGAGCGCUUACCUAGGAAGCGCAAGGCCCUGGGUUCGGUCCCCAGCUCCGAAAAACAAGAACCAAAAAUAAAUAAAUAAAUAAAUAAAUUAGAGUUGAACAAACAUGUAAAAGUCUUAGAUAACUGACUCGACUCUUUGUUUUCUCUGCCUUAUGUAACUUAGAUGGUAACACUUUCAUUUUUGCUUUGGAGAAAGCAUUUAAACAUUUAAUAUUUUUAUACAUUGGUUUAUUUAGGCUUAAUGCAUAAUAUAGUUCAUGUAGCGAUUUUGUGCAACAUCUCAUUUAUUUGUUUGAAUAGUUAUUGAAACUAUUCAAUUGUGAUGCAUGGGAAUCAUAAUCCCACAAUACAGUGAAUGUACUUCAUGCCACUCAACUAUCAACUUAGAUAAAAAUGAUAGCUUUCAUAUUAUGUAUAUUUUACAAGAAUAAUAAAAGUCCUCCAUCGCCAUAAAGUCUAAGGAGGUUGGGUCUUGUAUAGCUGCAACUCAGUAACAGCAAUGUUAAUCUACGUUGGUGAGUUUCUUAAUGGUCUCAGUGCAUUUAGAUACCUGUAUCUUGAAAAUAAAGUAAUGUUAAAAUGUCUACCAAGGUCUUUUCUGAGGUAUCUUGUAAUCUCAAAGGAAACUCCUUUUAAUGACUUGGUGUAAUGGAGGCGGCUGUUGGCUGUGAGGUGCUGAGAAGAAGGCAGAAUCAGAGAAGCCUGAGUGCUCUGCACAGCACUAACUCCCAGGCAGUAUUUAGUUUACUUUCCUUUAUAAAACUUUACAGAAUGAAAUUUUAAGCCUAUCUGGUUGAUUAACCACAUGUACUUUCACAAGAAGUCAGUUAGAUGCUUCCUUUGUCCUCAAAUGUCUUUUUUUUUUAAGGUAUGUCACUGAGGCUAGGGUACAUGUUACAUGAACACCCCAACCCACCCCAUACCCCCGGCUGCAGUGGUGGUGGACUGCAACAUGCAAGGAAUUUUUUUUUUCUUCACUAAAUAUUUGUGUCAAUUUUGGCUGUCGAGAGAUGUUUAAAUUCAUGCUGGCAUAAGCUCAAUGCCUCUUUAGGUAUUUAGACUAAAGUUUUGUGUAACAAAUAUCAGUUUAUUACUCCUAGGAUGGCGAGCCUCCUCGACACAGAAUAAGCAGUAAACAACACAACGCUUAGCAUUUAAUACUGAGCGACACAGAUUCCAGCUCUGAGUCCCACACCAAUGGAGUGCUAGACAGCAUCUUAGAACCUUCAACUGUAAACCUGACUAAAUAGCACAUAUCAUUCAGGAUUACUGUAAAACUAGGGGUGAAAUGUGUAAGACUGUGCAGGCCCUGUCACCUAAUGGACACCAAAUAAACAUUAGUUACUAUUUCUGUCACUGGUGUUUGUGUUAUUAGAGAGCCUAUGCAGGAUAGGGGACAACAGUAAGUGUGCACUGGUAAACACGAUCCCUACCCCCCCACACACACACACUGUUUUUAUCUGUUUUUAAAAACAAAAAUACAUAAAAUGGACUAUUAAGGCAAGCUGACAACUGCUUUUUCUUUUUUUUUUAAAUUUUUUUUAAAGAUUUAUUCAUUUUAUUAUAUAUAAGUACACUGUAGCUGUCUUCAGAUACACCAGAAGAGGGCAUCAGAUCUCUUUAAAGAUGGCUGUGAGCCACAUUGUGGUUGCUGGGAAUUGAACUCAGGAUCUCUGGAAGAGUAGUCCGGUGCUCUUAACCGCUGAGCUAUCUCUCCAGCCCGCUUUUUCUUUUUUUUAAUAUUUAUUUUUAGUAUGUGUGGGAGUGUGAGGCACCCUGAGAAACUUGAAGCAUCUGGUCCCCUGGAGCUGGAGUUAGAAGCAGCUGUGAACCUUCCAAUCUGGAUGCUGGGAACCAGGCCUUGGUCCUCUUCAAUGGUAGUCUGUGCUCUUAACCACUGAGCCUUCUCCCCAGCCCCAAAACUGCUUAUCUUGAAGAAAGGAACACAUGUUUUAAAAUUGUAUCACAUUACCUGGUAAGGACUGUCACAAACAACAGAUGCUGUUAAAAAAAAAUACAGGUUGUGAUAUACCCAUUAAGAGCAAGAAGACAGGCACAGUGCAACUAGUGUCCCUCUAACUGACCUCAGCCUCUGUCAGAUUUGCAUCAGAUGUAGUAAUGGAGUCUCGGGUGAGUGGUUCUCCAACAUUGGACACAAUAUUUCCUACCAUGUUUGCAGAGUAAAUACAUGUUAUCCCAAACUAUUGUAUAGCCUUCAAACUUCCAACUUUCCAUAAAUAAUUUUUUCUAUUUGUUCUAAAAAACAAAAAAGCUCAACAACAACAAGAAAAGCCCCAGCAUGCUGUUUCCUGACAUUUUCUGUAUUUCAUUUCCCCUAGAAAGACCGGGGCCCAAAGCUUCUGAACCAUGUUGGGCUGUACUUAAGGACAGUAAUGCAUUAACACACUUUUCUCCCAUGUAAUUUAUUUUAAUCAUUUUAUUCCAGAAAAUCUUCAGAGGGCAGAGGGGAAAUUCCAUUCACCCCUAUCAUAUUCUGCCCUGCCCUGCUACACAUCAGCUUAGUGGCUUACCAAUGGCUAAGUAUUAAUGCAGGUUUGUUUUUGUUUUGUUUUGUUUUUCUUUAAGAUCAGGGGUAGAGUGUUUCUAAACAGAAAGAACUGCACUAAGUCCAUUAGUAGACACCAAAUAGCUUUCAGAAUAGGUCUUUCUGGAAACACCUUCAAUAAUGUCAGUUUAGGGUGCUAACAGAAGCAGGCCACUUCAGAAAUCAUUUUAAACCAAAACAAGGAAAUCCACUUAAGAAAGGGUUAAUAAGUAGGUAUAAGGAACAUACGUUGGAACUGUUGAAAGUCAGUGCACACUGACUUUAAACAUCAAUUAAGAAAGUGGCAAUUGUUCAAAUUUUGAAGGUUAUGAUAGGAUCAAUGAAGAAAUGUAUUUCUUAGUCAAUCAUAAGGGAGAAGUUUAUGAUUUGACUCAUUUCCCAGUCAAUGGAAGCCUGUGGUUUGAACUUGUUUUCUAGUUGGUAUGGUCACAGCCUUCAAUAGGUCAGAACCAAAAGCCAUGUACUUUAGAAUGCUUGUAAGAGGCUCAACAUUGACAGUAGAAAUUAUAAAAAUAUGUAUAGCCAAUAGUCACAUGAAAAGUUAAUACAAAACUGGAAACCGAAGUAGAAUAAUUAAAUAUUACUGAAUGAAUACAGUAUUACAUGUGUUUUUGAUACAGUGUAGAAAUCAAUAAAUAUAUUUAUUAAUAUUUUUGAGUUAAAUAUUGCAAAAUAAAAUAACUUUAAAAUAUUUAUUGACUCGUGUGGGAGCAUGUACCUACUUGCACACAUGUGAGUGCCACAGUGCACAUGUAGAGACAAGAGGACAACGUUCAGAAGUUAGUUCUCUCCUUCCUCCAUAUCUAUUCUGGGUCUAAAACUCAGAUCAUCAACCCACUGAGAUAUCUCACUGGCCCUAAAUAAACCCUUUAAAUCUCUAUUUACAUCCCUUAAAGUUUCUAUACUCAAGUUGACAAGAAAACAAAACAAAAGAUACUACUAUCUUAGUUCACUUUCUGGCCAAAGCCUGGUCAAUUUUUUUUUUAAAAGAAAAUAGAUUUGUUGGGCUCUUGAUUGUGGAGACUGGGGGUUUGAAGAACACAGCAACAGUGUCUGAUUAGGGCCUUCUUGCUACAUCAUAACAUGAUGAGGGCAUCACUAGUGAGACAGGGCAGAUGUGAUAAUGAGGUUUCUCUACUUGUCCGUAUACAGCCACUGUGCCAUCAUGGGGAUUCUAUUCGUGGUCGUAUCUAAACUCAAGUUAAUGAAGGUACUGAGGAAAAGUUCUGCUUCUUAGCACACAGCAAAAAAUGUUUUAUUGUUUUGAAAAGAAGAAAUCUUGCUUCAUCAAACCACAAAUAGGCUGGCCCAUGACAAACUGAGAAGUGGAUCCCACCUUGCCCCCUAUGUCUUCCUUUGAAAAGUACUAUUGUGCCUGUGAGUAAUGGGCACUUGCUGUGCAUAGAAGGGGGGAGAUCAGUCAGGUUUGUGGUAGAUGGUGUUUAAUGUACUUCCUGUAGGUGGCCUCCCAACAGAUAUCUUCAGAGAGAAAUUAAAAAGCAAAGAGCGGGGUUGGGGAUUUAGCUCAGUUGUAGAGCGCUUGCCUAGCAAACGAAUGGCCCUGGGUUCGGUUUCCAGCUCUGAAAAAAAAAAAAAAAGCAGAGAGCAAUGAACGUUAUUAUUCUGGAUUCUGCCUCCCUUUUCUCUCUGGACAACUCUUGUCAUACAGCAGGCUACUGAAGAGACAAGAUGGGAAGGCUCUUGGUGAUCACUGUUUGACUCCGUGCCAUCUCACUCACACUGACCCUGUCUAACCAUGCAUGGGCCAGACUCGUCUGUAUUGAUGACUCUCCCCUUAGAUUCUGAUUAUGACCUCAACAAUUUCCAAUAUUCUGCACAUGCUCUGAGAAAUUGAGUAAGGCCGAAUUAAAAAACAAUUAGCUAUAUUUCUCAGGUGAAAUAUUGAAUCUGUUAGAUGAUUAUUACUAGUAACUCAUUCUGGACUACAGGAAAAAAACAACAAGUUGAGCAGAAAUAAAGGCAAAGUCUGUGGUUUGUAGAGAAAAGCAGCCCUGGGAAGUUACACAUGGCAGCCAAAUGCUGAGACAGAGGCAUGAAUUUUCAAAGAGAUUAUCACCAUUAAAGAGAAGGACUUUGCUCAGGAUUGGAAGCCUGUCCCCCCCCAGCGGGGACCCAGUUAUUCAGGGUCCAGAAGAGGCUUUCUACCUGUGGGCCAAAUGAGGGUGAGGAGAAGAAGGAGACCAAUCAAGAUUCUAUUGUCAAGGUCUUGUUUAUUGGGAUGAAUGUUACAGCUUUUAAGGCUUUCAGGUAGGGGGAGUGACCUUUGUGAAACAUGAAGGAGGGGGAGAUGAGGGUAUAGGCAGUGAUAGCUGGAGGCAAAGAGGUCAGGUGAUGAGGUCAGGUGGAUGUUGACUGAGGAGAUAACUGAUUUUUGCUUAGGCUGAAGCAUCCCAUGAAUGUUAUCUUCCUGUGCCGUAAAUUCAUGGGAGAGGCUGUUAGAGGAGUAUGUGUGGCCAAGACUCACAUAGCCACUUUGAGCUAUACAAAUGGCCAGGCCCAAAUCCAAUAUGGCUCACUACAGAAGCCUAAGAAGGUGAAUUAACAGAAAAAGUCCCUCCUGAUAAGCCUUCAGUUAAUGGAAGGGGGAGUUGGCAAAGUCAUUCCUAGACCCAGGAAGGAACUUCAUAUAAAACCUGCUACUACAGGUCCAAGCGUGGCACCCAAGUUCUGGAAAUAAGAAAUAUGGAAAAAUAAGGUUAUGGCUUCUUCCCCCGUGGUUUCAGUUCAGCACUGUUCCAGCCAUCUAUGUUUGGCAGAGUCAGAGCCCCAGUGAGGGAGGACACUGUGAGAGUGCAUGGGAAGAAUCUGAGGAUGAAGCCUGAGUUGCAUUUGAGACCACAAGAUCUAGAGAUACCCAAGUUAUGAGACACCUGUCAUGGAGAGCUGCAUAUAGGGAGUUCAAGGAUCUAAACUGAGAGAUGUAUGAGAAGUUGCAGGGAUAGGGCAAUCUAAGCCUUUUGAAACGAAGGCUCCUUGUGUCUGAGACAGAGCUGCAGGGUUUGGUGUUUGUCCUACUGGGUUUCUUGCUUUGGUCCAAUCUUCCCUCACUAUGUACACAUUCCUCUCUACUGGAAUGGGGAGGGGUAUUCUGUGCCUUUGUAUGUUGGAAAGAUAUAACUUGCUUUCUGAUUUUACAAGAUGUGGCAAUCAAGAGUGUCAGAAGUGAUUUGGGGCAUUUGAAGAGUGUAUGGGCUGCUGCAGGCUAUUAGGGUCAUGGGAAGCUCCUGAUUAGCUGCCUGUGAGGGAUGGUUUUCCUAGAAUUGACUUGUUUGGACUUUUCCAGUUCUGGGAAACAGAAACUUAGGCCUAGUUUCCCAACCUGUCAGUUUACAACCUGUCAUGUAGGAGUCAGCCUUGCUCUGGCCAACUCAGUUCUCUAAAUAGAACUGCUUUUGUAGGAGGAACCUUUCUACAUGAUUAGUUACUGGGGAUGGCAUUUGAGUGUCUAUAGACUCAACCCAAUUCCUGUGUGGUGUUUGUGUGUGUGUGUGUGUGUGUGUAUGUGUGUGUGUGUGUGUAUUGUGUAUUGGUUGUACCUGAUUAGUCAGCUUCCUUCACGUGUUGUCUUCCCUUCAGCAUUAUAGACUCUAACCCUAAAUCACAUAAGAUGCAGUUGAAGCAAUUGCUAUUCAGUGCUAAGGUAUUUUGCAAGCUUGGUGUUUUUUAUAAUUUUAAUUUUUUUUUUUUUUGUUUUUUUGAGGAGAAAGUUUCUCUAUGUAGCCCUGGGUGCCCUGAAAGUAGGAUGUACUGACCUAUGAUGAUGUACAUGUGAACUUCACCCGAGAAGAAUGGGCUUUGCUGGAUCCUUCACAGAAGAGUCUCUACAAAGAUGUGAUGCAGGAGACCUACAGGAACCUCACUGCUAUAGGUUACAAUUGGGGAGACCAUAGUAUUGAAGAACAUUUUCAAAGCUUCAGAAGACAUGGAAGGCAUGAAAGAUGUCAUACUGGAGAGAAACCCUCUGAAAAUACUCAGUGUGGUAAAACCUUUGCACAACAUAGUCAUCUCCAAAGACAUAAAAGCACACAUACUGGAGAGAAACUCUGUGAAUGUAAGCCACGUGAUAAAGCCUUUACAUACGAUUCUCAGCUUCAAAAUCUUGAAAGAAUUCAUACUGGAGAAAAACCCUACAAAUGCAAUCAAUGUGGUAAAGCCUUUGAACGUCGUUGUAAUCUUGGAAGGCAUAAAAUAAUACAUACUGGAAGAAAAUCCUACAAAUGCAAUCAGUGUGGUAAAGCCUUUGCACGACUCAGUCAUCUCAAAACGCAUGGAAUAACACAUACUGGAGAGAAACCUUACAAAUGCGAUCAGUGUGGUAAAGCCUUUGCAUAUCAUAGUUAUCUCCAAGUACAUAAAAGAAUACAUACUGGAGAGAAGCCCUAUGAAUGUGAUUGGUGUGGUAAAGCCUUUAUACAUUGUAGUCAUCUCCAAGUACAUAAGAGAAUACAUACUGGAGAGAAGCCCUAUGAAUGUAAUCGAUGUGGUAAAGCCUUUGUAUGUCAGAAUGAUCUUAAAAGGCAUGAAAGAAUUCAUACUGGAGAGAAACCCUACAAAUGUAAUGAAUGUGAUAAAGCCUUUGCACAUCACCGUAAUUUUCGAACGCAUAAAAUGAUGCAUGCUGGAGAAAAACCCUACAAAUGCAAUCAAUGUGGUAAAGCCUUUUCACAAAACAGUCAUCUCCAAACACAUAAAAGCACACAUACUAGAGAGGAACUCUAUAAAUGUAAGCAAUGUGGUAAAGCCUUUACAUGCCGUAAUGAACUUCAAAGUCAUAAAAGGAUUCAUACUGGAGAGAAAUCCUAUGAAUGCAAUCAGUGUGGUAAAGCCUUUAAAUCUCAUCGUUAUCUCCAAGUACAUAAAACAAUACAUACUGGAGAGAAGCCCUAUGUGUGUGAUCAAUGUGGCAAAGCCUUUGCACAUCAUCGUACUCUUAGAAGGCAUGAAAUAAUACAUACUGGAAGAAAAUCCUACAAAUGCAAUCAGUGUGGUAAAGCCUUUGCCCGACAGAGUCAUCUCAAAACGCAUGGAAUAACACAUACUGGAGAGAAACCUUAUGAAUGUGAUCAAUGUGGUAAAGCCUUUGCAUAUCAUAGUUAUCUCCAAGUACAUAAAAGAAUACAUACUGGAGAGAAGCCCUAUGUAUGUGAUCAAUGUGGUAAAGCCUUUGCACAUCGUUGUCAUCUCCAAGUACAUAAAAGAAUACAUACUGGAGAGAAGCCCUAUGAAUGUGAUCAAUGUGGUAAAGCCUUUGUAUGUCAGAAUGAUCUUAAAAAACAUAAAAGAACACAUACUGGAGAGAAACCUUACAAAUGUAAUGAAUGUGGUAAAGCCUUUGUAUGUAACGCUAGUCUCCGAACACAUAAAGUAAUACAUACUGGAGUGAAACCUUAUGAAUGUAAGCACUGUGGUAAAGCCUUUGUAUGUCAGAAUGACCUUAAAAGGCAUGAAAGAAUUCAUACUGGAGUGAAACCUUACGAAUGUAAGCAAUGUGGUAAAGCCUUUUCACGAUCAAGCCACCUCCAACUACAUAAAAGAACACAUACAUACUAAAGAGUAACCCUAUGAAUGUAACCAAUGUAGUAAAGCCUUUACUGUGAUCUUCAAAGGUAUGGUGGUUUAAAUAUACUUGGCCCAUGGCAAGUGGCAGUGUUAGGAGGUAUGGCCUUUUUGGAGUAGAUGUGGCCUUUGAGGAAGUAUGUCACUGUGGGGGGGGGAUGGGCUUUGAGACCCCAUGCUUAAACUCUACCCAGGGCAGAAGCGUCUUCUGGCUGCCUUCUGAUCAAGAUGUAGAACUCUCUCCUCCAGCACCAUGUCUGCUUGGACACUGACAUUCCUUCCACCUUGAUAAUAGACUGAACCUCUGAAUCUGUAUACCUCCCCUCCCCCCAAUUAAAUGUCCUUUCUAAGA